AUUAGCUUUACCAGUAGAGGGCCUAACUAAAUUGCUCUAGUCAUAGCAAUGGAAACCAGCAGAAAGUGGGGCAGCUCCUCAGGCACCAGAACUAUCCGGCUAGGGCGGGGCUACAGCCGCGUUCUGGUGGCCAAUAUGUCAACCACCACCGGAGGAUCGCGGCGGCCGUUGUGGAAGUUGCUGUGGAGAAAGCUGUUCAAGGAGAAAAUUAGGAAGACGAUGCUUGAGUAUUCUAAUUCAGUGCAUUUGAAGGGAGUCCCCAAGUAUGAUGAAUACACUUACUCGCAGAAUUUCGAUGAAGGGUUGGUGUGGGAUGAAAUUGAUGGCCUUUCUAGAUCCUUCUCUGUGCGUUUCGCUGAUCCCACGAUAAUUUUCUUUAAGAAAGGAGAUAUGUAAAGAAUAAUUUUUUGUAGUUGAUUGUGGAAGUUAAUAGUAGCAAUGUUCCUAAAGUUUUGAUGAAUGAUUAUGGAUCAUUAAUCUUGAUUC